UGGCGGGUGAAUCGUUGUGGUCUGCCCACCCCCCACUCCAUCAACAUCUCACCCUUUCCAUUAACCAUACCAUCCCCCCAACUCCCCUCUCUGGUUGUGCCUGGCCUGGUGUGCGUCUUCAUGCUCCAUUCACCUACUUUUACGCGUUGUUCGCUCUGCUCUUUGCUCUUUGCUGCCGUUGACUGCGCCGCGACGUUCGUUUUCUGAAUUCCAAAUGAAGUCAUGAGCAGAGCAGAUUGUAUAAAAAGCAACAACAACAGCACCAACAACAACAACAACAAAAAACAGCGCAGCAGCUGAGGCAAAAAGGCAGAAGUGGCCCCAGGGCAAAAAUACAAAAGUCGUUGUCGCAUUAUUACAGCCAAGAAAUACAACAACAAAAUUGAAUACCAAAUAAUACUACCAACCUACAACAACAACAACAACAAAAAAGUGAAAUUAAGUGCUUUUAAAAAAACAACAGCAACAACAAAUACUAAAUAAAACAUGAACAUGUCGGCCGCGUCUCGUUUACACAAUAACUCAAAAUUAAUUUAAUAUGCUGGCAAAUGAGCAAAACGAAAACUACGCUAAAAGGCCCUAAAUCGGAGGAGUAGCUUUUAGACGGCUACUGUUAGCAUCAUGGCUGCCACAUCCGCUGGACAACAGCAGCAGCACCAGCAGCAGCAGCAUCAGCACAAAUUGAAUAUGAUCGGUAGUGCUGAGACAGUUGCAAGUGAGAUGCACCUCCAACAGCAGCAGCAACAACAACAGCAGCAGCAACAGCAUCAACAGAUCCACAUGUUUAAGCAACAUCAGCAAAUGUUGCCACUGCAUCAGCAGCAGCCGCAGCAACAACAUCAUCAGUUUUUCCAGCAGCAACAGACAAAAUUUGUAUCGCGGGUCGUUACAAAUGCAGCAAUGCAACAGCAACAACAGCAGCAGCAGCAGCAGAUGCAACACAUAUUACCAGCUGGUUUGGUAAAUGGCAAUGGAAAUGGCAACAUGAUGCAAGCAACAAAUCUGCAUCAGCAGCAGCAACUGCAACAGCAGCAGCGCAACAGUCAGCAGCAUAUAUUUGUCUGUCCAACAAGCAGUCCCCAACUACUCCUCCAACAUCAGCAGCAACAGCAAACGAAACUGCGCCAGGCACAAAUAAAGUUGCCAGUAAAGACAACAGCAAUUGUUGCAGCAGCAGCAACAGCAGCAACAACGACAGCGGCAACUGUUGCAACUAGUGCUACUGCUGCAACAAUACUUGCCUCGCGUCAAAUGAGUCAGAACAAUCAGCUCUAUGCCAAGAAUGUUGCCAACAAAACCAACAACAGCAGCAGCAGCAACAGCAGCAACAGCAGCAACAUGAACAGGAAAAAUGUCAGCUACAAUGGAAAUUUGGCUCCAGGCUGGCGUCGUUUAACCAGCAACAAUGAAGUGGCCUACAUCAGUCCCACGGGAAAAACGCUUCGCACGCAAUUCCAAAUCAAGGACUAUCUGCUGACACAGGGUACCUGCAAGUGCGGUCUACCUUGUCCGCUGCGACCGGAACACCUAUUCGAUUUCAAUGCACAGGUGCCCAACAUGCCACUGAAGCUGCCAACAGUUGCUGCAGCCACAGUUGAAUCAGCAACAGCGACGACGACACCUUGCCUGCACCAGCGGCGAUUUCUUGAAUCUCAGAAGCAGCAGCAACAGCAGCAGCAGAGUGUCAAAGAUGCGACGACGACAACGACAAAUACGCUGCCCGCCGUAUCCGUAUCUGUAUCCAUAUCUGGGCCAGCAGCUGUCAGUGAUGUGUUCUCAACGCUGAUGAGAACGACGGCGACGACGACAACGGCUGCAACGGCAGCAACAGUCCAUGCAACAAUAACAACCACACCUGAAAUGGCCAACAAAGAAGCUGAUUGCCACAAAUACGGCAAUAACAAAUUACCCGCACGGAACCAUGCCUAUGGAAUGGCCACGUCCACACCCACACCCACGCCCACGACUGUAAUGCAAACUAGUCAAGCAUUAGCCGGAAUAGGAAUAGGAGGAGCUGGAGCUGGAGUUGGAAUUGGAGUCCCUAAGCGCUCAGCCGGAGGACAUGUGAUAAAGCAGACGCCAGCAGCAGCCACAGCAGCAGCAACACCUUCUUCCCUGCCUCUACCCGUAACGUUGCCUCCACCCGCAGCACCAUCCCUGUUGCAGCAGCAGCAGCAACAGCAACAGCAGCAGCAGCAACAGCAGCAACCCAACUUCAAGGACGAUCCCGCCGGUUAUAUGCAGCAGCAGACAGUCCUGCUGCACAAUACGCUGGGUGGGGGCCUGGAUACGGGAGCCAAAACCGUGACAGUGUCGGCCACAUCCACGGCCAGAGCCCUGCCACAGGAGCCCAUUGUGCACAGCUCCCAGCAGCAGCAGCAGCAGCAGCAGCAGCAACAACAGCAACUUCAGCAACUCCAGAUACAGCGCCAGAGGAUACGACGGCUGUCGGUGUUUGGCGGCAAGUGGGAAGCGGAAUCGGUGGGAGCCAAUGUGUCCUCCAAUGUGAAUACCGGACAGCGCACAUUGCAGGUGGAUACGCAGGCCUUUGCGCGGCCGCAGAAGCCACAGAUCACCAGCGUCACGGUAGUGCCACCACCCCAGGAGUCGCCCGUCUCGAGCAGUGCGGCAGUGCUGCAGGAUGCCGUGGAGAAGCGGCCCGAGCAAGUGGGUGCCAUCUCCACCAGCCACGAGAGUCCCAGGCAGAGCUUGUCCUCGCCCACAGACUCACUGCUGGAUUCGGGCAAGAGCACGCCCUCGCCAUCACCAAAGCCGCAGCAGCAACAGCCUCAGCCGCAGAUCUUGCAAAUGCGUACCCAAGGCCAAGUACAGGGACAGGUUACCACUUGCGCUCCACAGCUGCGUGUGAUGCGCCAGCAGCAGCAGCAGAACCAGCAGACCCUUGCCGGACAGAGGCUGGCUGUGGCCAGCAGCAAUGCAGUGGCCACGAUGACGCGCAGCAUUGUGACCACCACGGCGGGCACUGGGAUCACGGGGCGACCGAUCACCACGCUGAGUAGCUCCCAGGCCGGAAUGGCGCAGCUCCAAGCGAUGGCCGGACAAAUGGCAGGCGCCACGAAUGGCGGCAGUCAGCUGAUAAUGACCUCCUCCGGACAGCUGCUGGUCAUCCCAGGGCCACAGCCCAGCAAGCAGGGGAAUCCGCAUCUGCAGCAGCAUCACCAUCGCGCGAGUAUCAUCCAGCAGCAGCAGCACCACCAGGAACUGCAUCCGCAGUCGGGCGGCGGCUACAUUGUGAGCCAACCCUCGUCAGUGGGGGCAGCCACAUCCAGCAGCGGCAGCAGCAACACGGUCAUACUCAACUCCGGGGGCAAGCUGUUGCACCACCAGAUCAUCACCUCGCAGGCGGGACAGAGUUCAGGGGGAGGAGCAGGCGCAGGUGGCCAGACCGUGUUGCUCAACACACUUCCCAACGGCGGCUACAUCGUCCACCAGCAGCAGCAGCAGCAUCAUCCACAGCAGCAGCAGCACCUGGAGCAAGUGCUGGCCAUGCCACAUCCGGGUGCAGUGCCACCGCAUGGUCAGACGCUGAUCAUCAGCUCGCCGGAGGCCAAGCGGAGGCCGCGCAAACGCAAGAGUUCCGUGUGCCAUACGCCGCCACCGCCGAGUGGUGGAUCCCCCGCCAAGACGCUCUCCCCACAGAUCUCGCCCAGCAUCCCCAGCCAGGCGCCCGGCCUGCUCCAUCAGCAGGCGGCAGCUGCGGCGGCAGCGGCUGCAUCUGCACCACAGUUCCAGCAGCAGUUCCAGCUGAGUCCCGGCAUCCAGGGCAUCGUGGUGAACAAGGCCAAUUCGUCAGCUCCGCAGCAGACGCAGCAGCUGCUGCUGCAGAACGGCCAGAUCCUGCAGCAGGUGAACCUCAUCGGGCAGCAGGUGCUGAUGCCCGCGGGCCUGGUAAUGGCCCCAGACGCCACCCUGCUGCAGAUCCAGAACAUGCCCACAACCAGCCUGAUGACGCCCCAGGGGCCCGUGAUGCUGCGCACUCCGUCACCACAGAGCAAGCCGUCCUUCAUCUCGCCCGGCGCCGGCGGCCAGCAGUACAUUGUGGGGGCCAACGGGCAGUUGAGUCCCAUUGGCCAGAUAUACUCCACGCCCAUGGGUCUGGUGAUGCCCACGGGACAGCAGGGUGGCGGCUCCACUUUCGUGUCGGCGAGUCCCACGACAACCACCAUUCAGAUCCAGCAGCAGCAGCCAUCGCAGCAGCAGCAGCAACAGCAGCAGCAGGCACAGCAGAUCAGUCUGCAGCAGGCACAGGCCACCACGUAUCUGACGACGGACUCCUCGAUGGGUCGCCAGGGAACGGCGGCCAGUCCGCCAGACACCACCACAUGCAGUCCACGCAGUCCGGAGCGACCUCCCAGCCAUCGGAGCACUGGCAGUGAUAUGGUGCAAUGCGUCUCCAGCUCGGAACCGGAUGCCGCUGUCUCCCCGCUGAGUGUCGAGAGUCGGCAGUCGCCAUCUUCCACAGAUUGUGAGCGGAGUUUCGGCAACAGCAACAGCAGCAAUCUGUUCACGCAGCCAAGUGGGAUGUACAAGCAUUCGGAGCCAAAGAUUCGACGGAUACACAUCACAUCGCAGGCGACGCAGGCCGAGAACGGGAUGAGCCUGAUGGGGCAAGGUAUGCGACUGGCCAACUCCAGCUCCAAUUCGAACACCACAUCCGCUUCCAUGCCCAUGUCCAUGUCCAUUACAUCGUCAUCAUCAUCGUCGUCGUCCACUGGCUCCACUCAUGUGGCGGCGGGGGGACAGGGCCAUCGCCCAACGCUCAUGCACCUCCGACAGCCGCCAGUCGGGCAGCACUACAACAACAACAACAGCCACCAUAACAACAACAACACCAGCACCAGCACCUUCCUCCAUAGCCACAAAGUAGUUAACAUUGAUUACCAGGAGUCGCCCAGCACAACGCAGCUCCUGUCAGCAGCAGCAGCAACAGCAGCAACAACAACAGGUGCUACAUCCUCCACCACGAUGCCGGAGGCCAAGAGCAAGACCAAGACCACACCAACGAAACGAUCGCGCCGUCCACAGCGCAGCUCUGGCCGUGGCACAUGCAACACUUCCACUACCACUUCGUUGAUGCCGCCUCGAUCGUUUGCAAUUGGCGAACUGAUUUGGGGUCCGGCGCGGGGCCAUCCCGCCUGGCCCGGCAAGAUCGUCAAGAUGCCCGACGGCGUGUGCACGCCAUCGCAGCAGUUCGAUCACGUCUGGGUGCAGUGGUUCGGCGGCGGUGGCCGCUCCACCUCCGAACUGAUUCCGGUCAACUCGUUGCAAAGUCUCUCCGAGGGUCUGGAGGCGCAUCACAAGGCCCAAAAGGAUACCAGAAAGAGCCGCAAACUGAACUCGCAACUCGAGCGGGCUAUACAAGAAGCAAUGACUGAGUUGGAUAACAUUUCAGCCUCCUCGACACCCACAUCCGUAUCCACAGCGGCAGCAGCAUCCUCAUCCGCUGCUUCUCCUCCGGCAGCAGGACCAGCAGCAGCAGCAGCAGUAGCAGUAAUUCAGCAAUCGCACCCACAGCCCUCUUCAACGAACAACAAAAUAAAUGGACUGGCGCGGAGCAAGCGGCAGCAGGCCAACACAAGUGGAGCCAGCAGCAUGGUGCUGACCGCCAGCACAGCGGCCACUCUGAGUGGCCUCUUCAAUCAGCAGCAGCGAGCCAAGCCCAUACGCAUUGCGCCCGCUCCACCAUCCGCUUCUGUGGGAAUGGGAACAGCCGGAACAACAGUCACGACAGUGACUGCCAGCGGAGGAUCCGAACUUGCUGCUGGUGGCAGGACGGAGAUCCUGAAGCUGGCCAAAUGACCAGCGCUGUCGGCGUUGUCGUCGACAGUGAGCACAGCGAACUAUACGCUCGUUAUUGGGCAUAAGUAGGGGGAAGUAGGAGGUCGGCUUGGCCUGGCCUGGCCGUAUACUUAGUAUAUAUUUACUUACUCCAUAUGAAUGUGUAUCUAUGUACAAGUAGGAAAACAGUUUAGUUAGAUGUCUUCCUCUGGCUCAGCUUGAGACAGAGUGUCGCUUUUGGAGUUGGUUGUUUUCUAUUGUUUAACAGACCCACAGGAGUCCCUGCUUAGUUGCGUCACCGGGCGGCGCUGCCACACAUUUGAAAUAGACAAUAAUGC